UUGUCAACAAAAGAGAAAUUACCUCUUCAACUUUUUCCUCUUUCAGGCCUAGUCGGUUUGCUAUCAUGGUGGGGAGCGGAUCUUGAUCCUGUUACGCAGGUGGACGUUCUCUUGGCCACUGGAUUUAGUGUUGAUUACACCGCUCACGUUGCAUUCCAAUUCUAUCGUUGCCGAGGUUCUUCCUUAGAAAGAGUCUCUAGCAGCUUGGGUGAGAUGGCAGCCCCGAUGAUUCAGGCGGGUCUAUCCACAUUCCUAUGCAUGUUGCCGCUAAUCUUCGUGCCCACAUACGCUAUUGUGGCUUUUGCCAAGACAAUUUUCAUUAUUGUUGGAAUUGGUCUCAUACAUGGCUUGUUUGUGCUUCCUGUGUUACUUGCGGCUGCGGUACGAUCACCACCGUCAUUACCAUUACCAAUCAAACUCCUUGAGAACGAAUCAAAUCAGCAAUAG